CGCACGCGACGGUCACAGACACGAUUUCAUUUCUUUUAUAACUUCAAUACUGAGUUUCCAUUUUUAAAAUCCGGAAAAUGAUAGCAAAUCUUUAAUAAAUGCAUAAAAAUACACAAAAUCAAAGGGGUUUCACCCAAAACAUCGUCCUGUAUAUAAAAGACAUUUUUUAUUUAUAUUUUAAAUUCGCAUUCUACGCUGUAAUCAUUUAUAUAGUGUUCUAUUUUUACGAUUAUUAUUUUGGUUAAAAUAAUAAUAUCUAAUAAAUUGUUAAUGGUGUGUUUUGUUUUUUUUUGAAUAGAAAAUAAUGUGAAAUCGUGAGUGUAAAAUCUGUGUUUUUUUAGAACAAAUGUUUUGAGUAAUAACAGAAAAAUAAACUAAAAAGACUAAGUGACAUUUAUAGUGCUUGUUUUUUUCUGUCAUCUGUCCGGACAAGGCGAUUUUGGAAGAAGCGACAAAAUGAAGCGAUCGCGACACAGAUGGGUUGGACUCAGUUUAUUUUGUAUCUCCCUAACCCUUCUAGCAGUCGACUUGCCCACCACAUCAGCCGUAAAAGCCACUUCCCUUAUCUUCUCGAAGACCUCCACGACAGCAGCUCCAGAAGAAACAGCCGAAGAUGGAGCCGAGGCUGAAACAACGGCUGAAGGUGGAGAAGCAACAAAUUCGACAAGCAAUUCCAAGCUAACCGGAAUACCUCAAAUAGACUACAUAUACGACCCCAACUUGCCCCGGGAAUUAAACGGGUAUAAUCUGUCUGACUACCCGUUUUACGAAGCCGUUCCGAAGCCAGAGACUAUAGACUUCAAGUGCGAUGGUUUGCACGACGGGUUCUAUGCUUCUGUGCCACAUAAAUGUCAGGUGUACCAUCAUUGUCUAUUCGGGACCAGAUAUGACUUCCUCUGCGCCAACUACACCGCUUUCGACCAGAAGACCUUCAUCUGCCAUUUCGUCUCCGAAGUAGACUGCAAGAACUCCCCCAACUACUUCAGCAGGAACGACGCUCUCUACCAAGCUGCGACCACAACGACGGUGGCUCCACCCCCACCACCAUCGACCACAACAACGACCACCACACCAAGACCCCCCCGCCCGUCCCGCAGACGUCCAGCGUACAGAUACGAUUACGACGACGAUGAUUAUUAUUAUUCCAGAGACGAUUACGAUUAUGAAGACAGGAGAAGACCUCGGCCCCGCAGACCAGGCAAGAAGAAGAGGCCAGCAGUAGACGACUACGAAGACGACAGAUACGACCGUCGUCCGAGACCACGGGACGAGGAUCCAGUAGACGAUUACGAAGACCGCAGACCAUAUGACAGAAGGCCAGCGAAGAGACCAGCUUAUCCCGAAAGAAGACCAUAUGACGACGAAGAAGACCGAAGACCUGCUGCCAGAAGACCUAGACCAAGGCCCAGAGAUGAGGAAGAAGAAAGGUACAGGCCUGAUGAUGACGAAAGACCCAGAAUGGGACAAAGAGAUCAAACUAGGGAAGAUAGGCCUAAAAGACCAAGACCCAGAGAUGAAUACAGGCCAAGAGAUGAAGUCAGGCCCAGAGACGAGGUUAUGAGACCAAGAGAUGAAGCGAGAGUUGAUGAUGACGUAAGGCCAAGAGAUGAAGUUAGGCCUCGUGAUGAGGUAAGGCCAAGGGAAUCCAUUAGACCUAGAGAUGAAAUUAGACCUCGAGAUGAAAUUAGACCUCGAGAUGAAAUUAGACCUCGAGAUGAAAUUAGACCUCGUGAUGAAAUCAGACCUCGCGAUGAAAUUAGACCACGCGAUGAAAUCAGGCCAAGGGAUGAAAUCAGGCCAAGGGAUGAAGUCAGACCAAGAGACGAAGUCAGACCUCGUGACGAAAUCAGACCACGUGACGAAAUCAGACCACGUGACGAAAUUAGACCACGCGAUGAGGUUAGACCCAGGGAUGAAAUAAGACCACGUGAUGAAAUCAGACCCAGAGACGAAGUCUCUCGCCCUGAAAGACGACCUUACAGAGAAGACGUAGAAAAGCCUAGACCAUCCAGGCCAAGAGAAGACAGGUUCUCAGAAGGUAGAAGGUACAGAGGAGACUCCCCUUUUAAAUCUAGAGACGACAGGCCAUAUGGUAAAUCUGAUCUCAACCAAAGAUCGUAUGAUGACAGGAAUCAAGAUGAUAGAAGGGAUGCUCCUUCAGCCCCUGAAGCCCCGGCCACAGCUCCAGCUUUAGUUAAACCAAACGGUCAUGGUCUUUUCAGUCAGCCCAGGAUGCCACCAAAAAUCAAAAGACCAGUACCAUUAAAUGAAAGAGAAAAAUACGAUUACGUUCCAGUUGCCACCACAAAACCUCCUCCGAAACUAGACGACGAUGAAUACUAUGAUUACGAGGAAGACGACACUAGUAGACCCUCGUCUUCUGGAAAGACCAGCACCAUACAACAAAGACCAAAGUUGGAGCCGGUAGAGAAGGAAAGGUUUAAGCCUACGAGACCACAUUAUGCGAAUAAAGGUAGAAAAACUAAAAGACCGAUAGACUAUGAAGAAGAACUUUACGAUGAGCCGGUAAAAGCACAAAAGUAUACAUACAACCAGAGGCCUAAAGAGGAAAAAGUUAAACCUAAACCGGCACCAGUCGAUGAUGAGUACUAUGAUUAUGAAGAGGAGAAAAGAGAGCGAGACAGAAUAAGACCAGGAGAAGACAUUACAAGCAAAAUAAAAGACUUGCGACCAAACGUAAAAGUAGUUAAGCGUCCUUUUUUACCCUCUAGGGGUGGAAGCCCGUACCUUCCGCGCGGAUUACAACCCGUCGCCGGGAGGGAUGUCACAGCACCACUAAAUACCACCCCGAAACCUACCACCACUUCUCCUAAACCUACGACUACGCCUGCACCUACUACUACCACUUCCCCUACAACCACUUCAACUACGCCUAGCACCACUAUCACAACAACCACAACUACGGAAAAACCGACGACAACCUUUACAACUGAGAAAGCAACUACAACUGUUACCUCAGAAAAAACCACUACAGAAGAAUACGAAGAAGAAUACUACGACGAAGAAGAUGUAGACUACGAUAAGAACAAAGAAACAACAACAGUUGUUAUAACAACCCCAAAAACAACGCCUAAAACUACUACAGAAACACCUUUAACUCCAGACCCAAUAAACGCUGAGCAGAAAGCUAAAAAACUCGCUUCCAAAGUUUUGAAAGUAUACAACGAUAAUUACGAAGCAAUCAGAGGUAAAUUAGAAUCUACACUAGCACCCGGUGAUUACAUAAAGCCCUAUUUAGCAACAGCCACACCUCCCGAAAACCCUUACAAACCUCUAGAAACUUACAAAAAAGAAAUUAAACCUGAUAUAUCUAAGCCGUACACGGCGACUGGAAAGCCUUUGCUGCCAGAAAAUAUUUCAAUAAAACAGAAUCUAGCUGAUAGCAUAGAAAAUGAUUAUGAUGUAAGAUUAAACGAGGCUCUGACACCAACUCUACCAGUCAACCGAAUCCCAUCAGGAUUUGUCAUACCGUCGGAUAGAGACUACACAUUCUCUAGAUUCAGAAAUAAUGUACAACCAAUAGAUCCCCAAUACGCAGCGUCAGAUGUCAGCAGUUUCCAAGUCAGGAAAAGACCAGUGUCUGGCGUUAGUAUAAGAACGCCGUCUUCUUAUUAUCUGCAGCCUCAAAGACUGGUCUACCAAGAAGACCCGUCUCAUAGGUAUCCUAGGCAGCUGUAUUAUAGACCAGUAGAUUUUUAUUAGACUAAUUAUGUUUUAUGAAAACUUGUAGGGUAGUUAAUUAAGAGGUGAGCGAC